UUUUAUCAAUUUUUUGUAUUUUUUUUUCUUUUUUUUUAUUUAAUAAGGGGAACAGAAGGUAUGUGGGCGUGUGACAUAUUUAUUAACUAUACUUUAUUUUUCUACUUAUUAUUUAUUUGCCUUCCAAUUUUGUUCCACUUUACAUUUUCCCCAUUUUUUUGCCAUCAUUUAUAAAUUACUAUCUCUUUUUUCUCAUUUUAUUUUACAGUAUAACAACGACAACUGUAAAAUUCUCUCUUCCCCUACUUUGCUUUCUCUUUUUCCUCUUUAUUUUUUUCUCCUCUUCUUCAAAAAAAUUUUUUUUUGUUCACCCCAAGAUACCAUUUUUUUGUUCUUUCUUUAUCUACUCAAAAAUUAUUAUUAUUUGUCUUUAAAUUGCCCCAUUCAGUUUUGGGCAAAAUUCACAUCAAUCAGCCGCACAUUCUUUUUCCUUCAUUUUACUGCUGCAUAAGAUGAUCUUUUUUUCUUCUUAACAGUCUAUAGGGAGGGGGGUUAUUUUCUUUUAUUUAUUUUUUAAUUUUAUAUAUUUCACCCCCUUUCUUCCCCCUUUUUGUCUUUUUUUUCCACCAUUUCCCCCUUUCUUUUUUAAAAAUAAGCUAAAAACCGAUCGAUGGUCGUCGCUCUCCGCUGGUCCUUACAUCUCGUAAUUCCUUUUAUUUUUUUAAUUUUUUUCUUGAUACUGUGCAGAGUUUAUUUUUAAUAAUUUUGAAUAUAUCCAAAAACAUUUUAUUUUUAUAUUUUACAGUAAUUUUAAAAUAUUACUGUAUAUCGUUGGCUUAAUUUUUUAAAUUUUAAAUAGGAUUUAUUUAAUUUUUUAAAAUUUUUAUAUACAUAUCUGUUUUUUUAAAAAUUUUCUUAUAUUUUUUCUUUUUUUCUAAAUUGUUUUUUGAAAUAAUUUUUUAUUUUUUAUAUUGCUAAAAAAUUUUUUUUUAAUUUAUUAAAACAUAAUUUUUUCAGUUUUUAUAUAUUUAUUUACAACAACAACAAAUGAAUAGCCGAGAACAGGCUAAAGCUUUAGGAUUAGAAGAACACAUUACCUGCUCUCUUUGUCAAGAUUAUUUGUCGGAUGCUGUUACACUUACUGGAUGCCUUCAUUUUUUCUGUCGUUCUUGUUUAUUGCAACAUUUAUCUUCUGCUGGUCCAGAUUCAAGAAAAUGUCCAAAAUGUAAAAUUGAACUGGGUAAUGAACAUAUUUACAAAAGGGAUUUGAGACUGCAGGAAUUGGUCUACAAAUUAGUCCCAGAUCUUUUUUGGCGUCAAUUACGUCGGGUAGCACGCCGACAACAUCGUUCUUCACGUGAUUCAAAUAAUGGUUCAUCUACUACUACAGCUUUACCUUCCGAAAGACGAAUUCAGCAAAGGCGAAUGUUGCUUCAAUUAUCAACUCAAUUAUGUUCUCCAAACGAAAAUAUUUCACUUCAAAUUGAAUAUGUUCCUUUAACAAAAGUUUUGGCUGCUAGUGGGGAUGAUUCUUUAGUGUCUUUAUCUGGAAAAAUUGCUGCAACAGAAAAUCAUAAGGAGGGAGAAAAUGAGGAUAAUCAACAAAUUCUUGGUGAAGAACAAAUUAUUUUAAUAGAUCAACAACAACAAAUACCCAGCAGCAGUUCUUCCUCUCUUCCUCCUCAAAAUAUUUGUGAGAGAACAACAGCAACAACAGCAAUAGAACGACAACAAAAACAAUAUUCUUUUUGUCGUUAUUUUCGUUGUUCUGCAAAAGUUAAAAUUGAACAAUUGAAACGAUUACUAGAAUCUAAAUUGGCAAUGUCUAAUUUUUAUGGAGUUUAUUUUGUUGAUCCAAAAUUGAAAUUUGUUUUGGAAGAUGAUUUUAGUUUGGAGGAUGUCGUUCAAUUAUUUAGUUGGUCAAGAAAAUCACCUCUUCAAUUAAAUUUUACAUUAGCCCAAUUACCCCCAAAAGAAGAUGAAAAUCGUCAACCAGCUUAUGAAGAUAUGCCACAAUUAGAUUUGGAGAGUGGUCCAAUGGAAUUACCUCAACAACAAGUAUCACCAAUAAUUAUAACAACAACAAUAAAAUGUCAAAAUAAUUUGAAUGAAAUUCCGAAACAAGGACAAGAAAAAAUUGAAAAAGAAGAAAAAUUAAUAAAAGAAAAAUCUGUUGGGAUAAAUGAAGGAAAAAACAAUAUUGGAGGUGAAGGAGAUGGUGCCGUUCAAAAAACCGCUUCAUUAUCUUUGCUUUCACCUCCUUCUGUUUGUAUUACUUCUUCACAAUCAUCCUCAAUUUCAGCUUCUUCUCUUCAUCAAUCUUCUUCUCAACAUCAACAACAACAAAAUCAAACAACAACAAAAAUAAAUUUAUCAAAAAAUAUUAUUCGUUCAUCAACACAAUCACCUCCAAAUUCUACUAAAACAACAAUUGCAAGACUUUCAACUGCUGGUGUUUCUCCUCUACGUCCGGUAACUUCUUUAAUUUCACCACCACCAACAAAUAAUGGAACUUUGACAAAUAAUGUCAAAAAACGUCAACGAAAUCUUUCUUCAUCCUCACCUAAUAUUAGACCUAAAAAGGUACAAAAACAACAAGAAAAAUCUAUUAAAAUUGAUGGGGGAACUAAUAAUAACUGUGAACAAACAACAAUUACAAAUCCUACAAAUGAAAUAAGAGCAAAUUUAACUGCUGGAGGUGGUGGUGGUCAACAACAAAAGAGUCCUGCCGGUGAAGGGAAAAGUCCGCGUAUAUUGAUUGAAACACAAUCUGUUCAACAACAAAUACCUCCGGUUGUCAACCUUCCUAGUGCUACCUCUAAAGCGGAAACAACAACAGCAAUAACAAUUAGCAGCAAUACAAAAACUAACAACAAAAAUAUUUCUGAAAAUAAAACUACAAAAACAAGAACAUAUAAUCGUUCUAAAUCAAGUAAAAAGCAACAAGAACAACAACAACAAGUUCAAGCAGUAUCUGCAACACAACAACCACAACCACCAUCACAACAGUUUCCGGUUCAACAUCAACAACAAAUAUUUUCCAACAAUAAUAAUCAUUUAAACAAUCUUGGUACUUUUCAAAAUCAAUUUGAAGCUUUUGUUGCUGCAAAUACUACCCAUCAACAACAGCAACAACAAUAUGCUCAAAUAAGUUAUAUGCAAAAUAUGUUCCAACAAUUUCAACAAUAUCAACAACAACAAAAUAGGCAACGAAAUCAACAACAAAUUCCCCAACAAACAUUUGAACAGCAACAACAAUUUACUUUAUUUGCACAGCAACAACAGCAACAACAAUUAAGUCCUCAACAGAUUCGUGUAAUGCAACAAAUGUUGUGUGCUAUGGGAAUGAUUGCAAGUGUUGGUGGUAGUGGUGGUAGUGGAAUUCCUCCUUUUUCUUCAGAACAACAACAACAACUUUCUCUUCUUCCUCCUUCACAACAACAACAGAAUUUAUUUUCAACAAUUACAAACCACCAACAAUUAAAUGGGAAUACACCAACAAAAAAUAAAAAGGCAACAACAACAACAAUUUCUCCUUCUAAACAAAAAUUUAAUUCGUCUAAUGGAACAAAGCAACAACAUCAACAAAUUGUUCCAUUAAAUAAUAUACUACCCCCACAACAAUCAACAACAACAACAAUAUUUGGAGAAAAUAAUUGUUCAAAUCAAUUGACGAAUAAUAAUAUUAAAAAAGUUUCAACAAUUUCUAGUUGA